GUCGUCGGAGCCGUGGCCUUAUAUAAAUCCAAGACCUUUCCCUGCCCUCACCAGCCUCCCAUCAUCACAUACCUUCUUCGUUUCCACCGCCCAAAUUACAAUCUCAGGUUCCCCCUAGAACCCGGCUAACAAUCUAGAGAGAACAAGAGCAACAACAAAGAGAACUCUAUUCCAUCACUCAUGGCUUCAUCAUCUUAUUCCAAGAUGAUGGCCUUCUCCCUUCUUCUCUCCCUGUUCCUCCAUCUCCCCUCCACCUCAGCGGGAGUGGUAUGCGAGGAUUUGCCGCAGGACCUGUGCGCGUUUGCGAUAUCGUCAUCGUCGAAGAGGUGCGUGCUGGAGAGCACGCAGCACAGCGGGCGGCCCACCGAAUACCAGUGCCGGACGUCCGAGGUGGUGGUGGAGCGGAUGUCCGAUUGGAUAGAGACCGACGAGUGCGUGAGAGCGUGCGGCGCGGACCGUAACUCCGUCGGGAUCUCGUCCGACUCGCUCCUCGAGCCGCAGUUCACCGAGAAACUCUGCUCUCCGGCAUGCCACGAGAACUGCCCAAACAUCAUCGACCUCUACUUCAACCUCGCCGCCGGCGAAGGUGUGUUCCUGCCUGACUUGUGCGAGGCUCGGCGAGUGAAUCCUCAUCGGUCAAUGAUGGUUAUUCUCAGCUCUGGUGCCGCAGCAGGCCCUGCCGUUGGAGGGGCUGUGAGUAAAUUGGAUGUAGCAGCUGCACCAGCUUCCAUUGCUUCACCCCCUGCUUCAGUCUGAUUCCAUUUCUUUUAUUUUAUACAUAGAUUAUCUGUUUUGGAAGGCAAAAACAUACAACUUAUCUGGGAUUCUUUGUUUACUCUGCAUAUUCAAGUUGGUGUACAUUCUUGAGGUAUUAUUAGCAGAUCAAAUGGUGGUUAUUUAGUUUGUCGAUGAAAUAAUAAUAGCACUUGCAGUCUUCACACAA